AUGUCGAUUAAAAUAACUUUAAUUCAAACAGAUGUGUAUCCAACUCUUUCACAAACAUUUUCCGAGAUCGAACGCCUUGUCGACAGCCAUCCUUCUGACUUAUAUUUACUUACCGAGUGUUUUACAACGGGGUUUUCAUCUAAUUUAUACACAAUAGCACAUCCCAAAGGUGGGUAUGAAAUAAUUAAAAAGCUACAAGACAUUAGUAAAAAGUACGACUGUAGUUUUAUAGGUGGUAUUAUAUGUGAAGAUGAAGGGAUAUAUUACAAUCGAGUCAUAGUAGUGGAUAAAAAUGGUCUUCUUUCCAAAUACGACAAAGUACAUUUAUAUCAUUUUGGCUGUGAAAACCAAUUAGUUCGAGGAAACUUGCGUGUUGUUGUGACUUACAAAGGAGUUCGCAUUUUCUUAGCAAUUUGUUAUGACAUCCAGUACCCCGCUUUCAUUCGGCGAACAGACGCAAACGACUAUGACAUCAUCGUUUGUCCUAUUAAUUAUGGCUCGAAAAUUUUUCACACUAUUAAAGCGUUAGCCGCUACACGUGCUAUUGAAAAUGGAGUAUGGGUGUUCUGUACAAGUCGAAUUGGAGUUGAUAAACUUGGCAUCGAGUUUAGUGGGCAUUCUUUUGUUGUGAAUGAACUUGGGCAAAUAGUUGGGGAAGCGGGAGAGAAGUCAGAGGCGUUAACUCUUGUCUUUGAUAAAAGUCGUUUACAGAAAACAAAAAAAAAAUUAGGAUUGGGUGAGAAGUUCGUGUUUGAUAACAACACAUGGUUCAAAAGUUAA